ACAGACAGAUGACAAUAAAUGUCAGUUGCAGAUGUAGCAAAAGAUUGCAUACUUAUUUUUAUUUUUCAGUAAGUGUUGGAAUUAAAUAUAAUAUUAUGAACGGUUGCUGCAUUUUAUAUAAAUGUGGUUAAAUCACAAUUAUGAAACUAACAUAUAAGGAUGGCCACUAAUGCUGAUAAUGGAGGAGAUAGCAACGGUACUUUAUCACGAAAUUUUCCCAGUAGAGAGUACGAUGCUCUUAAACAUCAGAUGGAGAAAACUAACAAUGAAUUAAGUUCAUCAAGAAGGAGGUGUGAUCUUGCUCUUAGUGACCUAGAUUAUUACCGAGAGCAACACAGAGCUGUGAUGAAUCAAUUAGAAGUAUCCUCUCAAGAUUCGGCAUCUCUCAGAACCAAAUACGCAGAACUCCUAAAUGAAAAUAAGCAACUACAGGCAGAAAAUCAGCGACUCUGUAAAGAACUCACUGAACGUAAUGGCAAUGCGAGCGAAAGCCUUUUCAUGUCCCAUUCGCAAGCUCUUUCCAAGUUAGAAAUAGCACAAGAUGAGAAUAGCAGAUUGUUAAAACAAUGUGAGCUUCUAAGUCAAGAAAGGGCGCAAGCCCAGAGGGACGUAGUCGGUUUCAAACAACAAUUAGUUAAAAUAUGUAAAGAAUAUGCCAAAUACAGAGAAGCUCAUCAGAAGUUACAACAACAAUAUGACGAAGCCGUUAAUGUCACCAUUAAAGCUAACAAAGAUAUUAAAAGGCUUACGGAUGAAAGGAAUGCUACAACUGCCGAAUAUACACUAGUAAUGAGUGAACGGGACACCGUUCAUAAAGAAAUGGAGAAACUUAGCGACGAUCUGGCUCAAUCUUUGAAAAAAAUCCAUUUGCUCGAUGUGGCUAACAAAGAAUUGCAAGAGGAAAAAAGAAAUCUCACUUAUCAACUGGAAUCUCUAAGGCGAGAAAUCUCUAGCGCUCUUCACGAACGCGAUAAAGCUAUAAAAGAUGGUAACGAUUUAAGGGAGAAAUUUGGAGAAUUUAGUGCCACCUCCGAAAAGGGAAUGUUGAUGUUGGGCGACCAAACCAAAAUAUCUCGUGGAAGACUCAUCGAUAGCUUAGGAACUUUAGGGGAUGGACAGGGAUGUAAAGAACAUUUGAGGGAAAAUGUGCAUUCGAUUAAUCAAAGAAGACUGGAUAAUUUGGAUCAGGCCAACCAGGAAUUGGAGAAUCUCAGAAAGAGUUUGGAUAAAGCUCAAACUGAAUUAGCUGAAGCUGUACAAGAAGCUGAAGUUUCCAAAGGACGUAGAGAUUGGGCUUUCAGCGAAAGGGAUAAAAUAGUAUUGGAAAGAGAAAGCAUUAGGACCCUAUGCGAUAACAUGCGUAAAGAAAGAGACAGAGCUGUAUCUGAAUUGGCCGAAUCUCUGCGCGAAUCUGACGCAGUGAAAAAACAACGGAACGAAUUAGUUAAAGAAGCUAAAGCUUUGAGGGAAGCUAUUGAAAUGCAUCUAGAAAAAUCGUCCGGUUUGGAAUAUUUACAAGAAUAUUCUAGACUUCAUACUGAAGUAGUCGAGCUCGAACUCACAGCGGCCGAUGAAGAAGGACUCGAAUUUGCCACAGGAAGAGAAUUAUCAGGUGACGGAUACGUUUAUGUCGCGUCAGUGGCGUCCGGUUCCUCUGCAGAAGGUAAACUCUUCCAAAACGAUCGUAUCCUCAAAGUGAACGACAUAGAUUGUAGUCAAGGAUCUUUACGUAUGGUUACGGAAGCUAUACGUUCGAGUAUGCCUUUAGCUAGAGUGUUGGUGAAGAGAAACAGAUGCAGAAACGAAGUAACCAACGAUCAAGUCACUAAAUGGAUACAUACGGCUAGGCUUGUGCCCGGUUGCCACGGAUUAUCAUUAAAAAUUGGAGUUUACAUCAAUAGAAUAAGCGAAGGGAGUCUAGCUGCGAGAGAUAAAAGUCUAACGGUAGGAGAUCGAGUGCUUAGAAUAAAUGAUAAAUCUAUGGACGAUAUAGAGAGUGCCGAGGAAGCUAUGGAGAUCUUGAACGGAGAUUCCAGCGAUGUUAUCAAUAUAACAACUUUGAAAAUGAGUUAUCCCGAAUGUCCUAACGUAUUCACUCCUGUUAGAAGACAUAAAAAGGAAAACCGCAGUUCGCAAACUGAAGAUUGGUUGUUGCAGGAUUUCAAAGAGAAAAAUAACAGCGGGGCCUGGUUGAAGGAAAAGUUGGAUAUGAUGCGAGGGCCUUGGAGGCAUUCUAAAGAAGAUAAAAAGAAAUAUAGGAACAGUUCCCCGAAUCCCAUUGAUUACGGACAUGAACAAGCGAUAGCUGAAUUAGAUUUGGUGCUAGAUAGCUACCAUCCUGGUACGGUUAAAAGAUCGGCAGCAACGAAAAAGCAUUUUUCUCAAACGAAAGAAGAGAAAAACAACGGUGGUACUUGGCCUAAAGCCAGAGCAGCACCGAUACUCACUCCUAACGGUGGUACCGUGGUUACAAGAACGAAAGAACGUCCCCCUUUAUCGCUAUUAGCUCCGAAGAAUAAUCAACUGCAGGAAAAUUACAAUUAUAGGAAUUCGACACCAGUGCCUUUAUCGUUAGUGCCUCCUAUUCCGAUUCAGCCGAAUUACGCGAGACAUUCUGUAUACAAGAGCGUCGAUAAUUCCCACCAUUUCGGUAUGGUUGCGGAUUCAUUCGAACGAUUGAGGGUCGGGAACAAUAAUAGAUUAAGCGCCAAUGUCAAUUCGGAUAAUAGUUUAGAUUUUUCAGUACAUCGAUUUGUCGAUAAAGAAGUCAUGACAUAUUGCAAAAAGAAUACCAGGACUGGUGUUCCAAAAUACGGAUCCGAUUCGGAAAGGGAAAGCAUCGCAGGCAUCCAACCGGAAUCGAAUCAUUCGCAUUCUAGAGGCCACAGUCAAUUAUUCAUAUCGCCCCGUUUCCAUUACCCUUACCAACCGCAUCACAUUCCCCAUCUGAACCAGUCCAAGGAGAGUUUCAGUUUCGAGCCCUUCCAUCACAUCCACAGUCCGUCCGCAGACGUCGCCACUUCUCGAAGACAACCCGACCUCUUGGAAUCCGGCGGCACGUUUCCGAGGAAGAACCAGAGGUUCCGCGUCCCCUCGAAUCCGAGCGUAACCAGCAAAGUGAGCACCGGCAGCAUCGAAAGGGGUAGUUCGGAACGCGGCAGCCCGAUGCCGAGUUUCCUCGUCGAAGUACUCAGCAGUCCGGGCGAUCAUUCCGGCGCGUCGACCCACAAGGAGUAUUGCCCGUGGGCGCACAAACCGCUCCCGGGCGAAUUGCGCAGAGUCCACAUCGACAAGUCCAACGAACCUCUGGGAAUACAAAUCAAUUGUCCGGAAGCCGGCGGGAUAUUCGUUUCGACGGUCAGCGAAAAUAGUCUGGCCAGCAGGGUGGGGCUGCAAAUUGGCGAUCAACUGUUGGAGGUUUGCGGCAUAAAUAUGAGGAACGCCACUUACAAUUUGGCGGCUAACGUUCUCAGACAGUGCGGCAACUCUAUCACUAUGUUGGUGCAGUACAGUCCGGAGAAGUACCACGAACUAGGAGAAUCUCGAAAUUGCUCAGAUUGCGCUAGUGAAUCUGAGGAAGAAGAUGACGAAGAAAUAGAUAAUGAGGCGACGCCGUGCAAUUCGCCGAAGGAAGUGAGAAAAAGUUCGUUGUUGCAAUUGAAACCAUCGCAAUUGAUGGUUAUACAACGGCAAGCUCAAAAUAAUACCAACAACGGAAAUUCUAGGAAUUCCUCUGAGGAACCAAGAUACCUUUGUAUCGAAACUUUGAAGACUUCCAAUCUGGGUAUAUCGUUAGUGGGCGGUAACGCCGCCGGAAUAUUCAUUCAUUCCGUCCAACCGGACUCUUUAGCUUACCACGCUGGUCUGAGAACCGGAGAUCAAAUAUUAGAGUACAACGGCAGCGAUCUUAGAGCAGCUACAGCCGAAGAAGCAGCUUACGAAUUAGCCAAACCCGCCGAUAAAGUCACCGUACUGGCUCACUAUCGUAUCGACAAAUACAACGAAAUAAAGGACAAACCAGGCGAUAGUCUUUACGUGAGAUGCGGUUUCGAUCGGAGCGGUAACGAGAUGACGGAACCUCCGCAAUUUUCCUUUUCCAAAGACGAAGUUUUGUACGUCGACAAUACGAUGUUCAACGGCGUGCCGGGUCAGUGGCGCGCUUGGAAAUUGGACGCGGAAGGGCAUCGGCAACAAUGCGGCAUCAUACCCAGUAAAUAUAAAGUCGAAGAAGAAUUGUUGUUGAGGCGCGGAGCCGGAGAUCCGUCCGAAAGUCGUUCGACAGCGACGGCGCGCCGAAGUUUUUUCAGAAGGAAAAAACAUCAAAGAGGCAGCAGCGGAAGUUCCGGUUUGGGCACGUCGAGAGAUUCGAAGGAACUGGCGAGUUUUUGUAAUCUAUCGCCCGGUUGGUACUCGGAUUCGGGUUCGCUCCACGAGGAUUUAUCCCAAUCGUCCUAUCAACGGGUGGAACGUCUCCAGUAUCCGGAAUUUCGACCGGUUAUCGUCCUCGGACCUCUGGCGGAAUGCGUAGCCGAUAAACUGGUGCAAGAUUUCCCGGAUAAAUUCACUAGGGCUUCGACGGAAUCUAGACGGUGUUCCCAGGCCCAAUUAGACAGGGAAUUGGCGGAAGGUUUGAUAUUGGAAUACCGUAGAAGGGGUUCCACUUACGAAUGUAUCACUAUAUCCGCCGUUAGAUCGGUGGCUCAAACGCGUUUGCAUUGCAUGCUGGACGGAUCGAUAACGAUGGUGGAACGUCUCCACCGUCACCACAUCUACCCGGUGGUGCUGUUGAUUAAAUUCAAAAGUACCAAACAGAUACGGGAAGUGAAAGAUGCCAGAUACAGCAUCGAUAAAUUGUCGGGAAAGGCGGCCAAGGAAAUGUUCGAACACGGUCAAAAGUUGGAAUUGGAAUAUCGCCAUCUGGUGACUGCGGUCGUAUCUGCAGGGGCUAACGUCGCUCACAUUUGCGCUCAGGUUAAAGUGGCCGUCGACGCAGAACACAGGAAGAGUCAGUGGGUUCCUACAGCCGCCGGGCAUUGAGAGUUUUCAUUUCUCGUUUUAUUUUUGUCUUCGGUGGAUGGUAGUUCAAGGUCGUUUAAAAAAAAAUUACCACCGUGGGUUUUUAUAUAUAAAUUCUAGGUUAUUUUAUUACAGUAUAGUCUCGUUUUACGGUGAAUUUUGGAAAAAAAAUCACCGGUAGUACGCUCAUAAGCUUUUUGGUAGACCCGCUAUGUCAUUUUUGAAAAUACAAAAGGCCUUAAACAACCUUGAUUUGACUGUUAGUCUCGACUAUACCUUUGAACCUCAUCGAUAACGUUCUCGAUUAUCCUUUGGAGGAUGUACCAGUUAUCCUCGUUUUUGACUGUAAAAAAUCCGGAAAUCAUUUCUUUAAAUCUAUAUUUUUACGCGCAAAAAAAUCCCGCUUAAAGAUUUUAUUUGGUAUAAAUGUUAUCGGUUUCCGAGUCAGUCCGGCCCUGCACUUUGUUUACGAUAUCCACCAUAGCUGUCAAGUGACGUCACUUAGGAGAUUCCUUGCAUAAUGUAAAUAAAAUGCAGGGUCGAACUGGGUGAAAACUAUAUAAAAAAAUAUAAUUGUUAGCUAAUGUAUUAUUAUUUGAAUUCAAACUUCGGUUUUCCUCGAUUUUGGCUGUAGAAAAUCUGAAAAUCAUCCAAUAUCAUUAAAUUUUCUUUAAUUCUUCUUUAAUUGAAAACUAGUUUCAAAAUAAUUUUUUUUUCUACUUUUCGACCUAUUACUCUGUACAUAUUAUGGAUUUAAUUAUUUGAAAAGUUAUUUCGAGAAAGUUCAUGUUUAUAUUACUUUAAUUAUGAUGAAAUUGAAAUUGUAACCUUCGAAACAAUUUUUUUUUUUAUUAAAACUCUUCAAAAACAAACAUUUUAAAAAAUAAAUCCCACAAUAAUGUUCAUUUUCCGAUUUUCUGCACCUCGUUUUCAGCAAACCUCUUUUGAAUUAUUAUGGGACAAACUGUAUAUUAAAAAUUCGAUCCACGGUUGGUUUUGUUUUUAAUGGAAACAACGUUGAACUGCAAUGAAAAUUAUCUAUUUAAAAUUUUGUUAUUUUCGACGUGAAACGUUAUAAAAAUUUUGUUAGACUGAUUUUAAUGUUAUUUUAGAUGUUUUAUUGUGCUGUUUUUAAUUUUUUUCAUUUUAUUUAUCAAUCUGAUUUAGGAUAAAUUUUAAUCGAAUAUAAUGAAUAGACGACGUGAAUUUUGUUUAGAAAUUAUUUAUAAAAGUAUUUAAUAUGAGAUUUUAAAUUUUAGUCACACAUUUCUGUUGAUUAUAAUUUCAUCACCCGAAAAAUAUAAUUGAACCGAAGGCUUACAUUUUAGGUAAUGUAUACAAUGUAAUGACUACAAUCUCUCCAAUCAAAACAUCUUUCGUAUAUGUCACCUUAUCCUCACCUCAUCGGUUUCUUCUAGACCUAUUCCUCGUUAGUUUCCUUGUAAUGAAGCCAACGAAGAGAUGUAGUUAGUUUUUCAUUACACCGAAUACUCUAGUAGCAUCAAAACUCUAAGAAGGAACUUUUUAGAGCGAUACAGUGUGGAAAAGCUUCUUCCCCUGUCCUCUGCAUUUGAAAACUCUUCUUUAUAAUAUCUCCAAUUGCAUCAAAACACUGAAAAGGAUCUUUUUAGAAUGGUGCACUGUGGAAAAUCUCCUUCUUCUGUCCUCUUCAUUGAAAAUUUCUUCUUUUUAAGAUCCGUGAUGUUUUCGAGGAAGUUAGAUCCUCGUUUUUACAAUUUAGAUGACUUUUAAUGAAGCCAGUGAAUAGUUAUACCUUGAAACGUUGAAAUCUAAGUACUUUUUGUGCAUAGCAGUAUCAACGAUUCUUUCUAUAUGUUAAAAUGUAAGCCAUAUUGUUUUGUAAGGAUCAAGAUAUCCAAUUAAAUUGAAAUUUGAUGCAUUUAAAUGAAUUUAAAAAAAAAUUCUACAUUUGAAAUUAUUUAUUAAAAAGAAAGGAUUGUUUGAUGUUUUUCAUGUCAAUAUUAAACCUUCAUAUUUACUCUGAUUUAUGUAUUAUUUUAGAACAAAAAUUUACCCCUUUUUGUGUCACAAACGUAUUUAAAUUUUAUAAUUGUUUCGAUAAACGAUCAUUUAUAAAACAAAA